AUGGCCGCCGCCGACGUGACAUGCGGCCUCGCCGAAGUGCUCGUCUUCAUCGGCGCGCUCGUCGCCGGCACGGCCUGCUCGCUCUGCUCCAAAGUCCUGCUGUCGAUGCGCAGCGUCGGCGCGAGCGGCGAGGAGCAGAGCUUCCAGAACCCGCUCUUCCAGACCUGGGGCAUGUUUUUGGGCAUGGUCUUCGCGCUGCCCGUCCACUUUGCGAGGGAAGCGUUGGAGCGGAGGCGGUCGAGGCGGGGCUACGACGCCAUCGGUAUUGAGAGAAGGCCGUCGUUCAAGGAGAUGCCCCGGUCGACCUAUUUGUUGCUGGCGGCGCCGGCGCUUUUUGAUCUCGCGGCGACGGCGCUGUGCAUGUUCGGCCUGACGCGCGUCGCGGUCUCCGUCUAUCAGAUGCUACGCGGCGCGGCGAUCGUUUUUGUCGCUAUCCUCAAGCAUUUUGUGUUGAAGGACAAGCUCGCCAAGUACAUGUGGGUCGGCGUGGGCCUGAACGUGGUGUCGAUCGUCUUGGUGGGCGCGACGGCGCAGUCGUCCGACAGCGGACAGGGAGACCCGUUGGUCGGCGUCGCGCUCAUCCUCGCGGGGGCCUUCGUGCAAUCUUUACAAUACGCCUUCGAGGAGAAGGUCAUGUCCUCGGACGUAGGGGCACCGCCUUUGCUGGUUAUAGGUAUGGAGGGAUUUUGGGGUUUGUUUGUCUGCACCUUCGUGCUGUACCCGGCGGCCUACGCGGCGGGCGUCGAGGACCCCUACGACACGUACGUCAUGUUCCGCAAUAGCCAGGAUAUCCAGCGCAUGUUCCUUUUGUACUUUGUCGCUAUAUUUUCGUACAACCUCUUGGCCGUGCUGGUGACGUACAUGCUCGACAGCGUCUGGCACGCCAUCCUCGACAACUUCCGGCCCAUCUCGGUCUGGGGCGUCGAUUUGGCCCUGUUCUACGUCGUGACGAGCGGGGCCUUCGGCGAGGCGUGGGCGUACCCGGGCAGCUACGUCCAGGUGGCCGCCCUCGGCGUCCUGCUCUACGGCACGGCGGUCUACAACGGCUCGGUCAAGGUGCCCGGCUGCUCGUACCCGCCCGACGCUCAACAGCCGCAGCUCCUCUCGCCGAUGGUCGUGCGCGCGUCGCCGGCGCUGGCCUCGUCCCAGGUCAUGAAGUCGCCGCUCAUCCACGGCACGCCGCUGUCCCGCCGGAACACGAUGGAGCGGGCGACGCUGCCGCGCGUCCAGGAGCUACCGCGGGGCCUGCCGCGGCCGCGGAGCGGGAGCCUCUGA